AUGGAAGAGGUAAUUGAAAUCACGCAGGUGCAGGUGGGGCACAUUGUCGGCAAGGGCGGGGCAACGAUCAAGGAGCUUCAGAGCACGACGGGGGCUAAGGUGGAGAUCAUCGACGGCCCCAAGGUGCGCAUCACCGGCGAGAGUGGGCAGGUGGGGGCCGCAGCGGAGCAGGUGCGCGCGAUUGUCGCCAGACAGGAGAACCCCGACUACGAAGGCCCCGUUGGAGCGAGGCUGCGCAAGGAGGCGAAUGCGCUUGGCGACAAGCGGUCCAAACUCUUUGACGAAGCCACAGCGAAGCGCAACGCCGGCGACCAUGAGGCCGCGAACGCGCUGGCACAGGAGGCAAAGGAUGCCGGAACGAAGAUGGAGGAGAAGCACCGCGAGGCAGCCGCUGCGAUUGCGCGAUACAACAACGAAGAGAAGGGUAAAGGCGACGAAUACUUCGACAUGCACGGCCUGCACAAGGAGGAGGCCAUGACGGAGCUGCAGUCGCGCCUCGAGCGGUUGCGGGCGCGGCCC